GUCAGUGAUACUCUUAGUGACCUCUAUAUCGAUGUUGAUACUACGCAGAAAAAGGCAUGUGGAAGUUGCAAGAGAGACUACCUUGUGGCCUCAACUUCAAUGGAGAAGAGUUUCAUAUCAAGAGCUACUAACUGUGACUAAUGGAUUAAAUGAAAGCAACUUGCUUGGCAGUGGGGGGUUUGGCUCGGUGUAUAAAGGAACACUAUCAGAUGGGAUAAAUGUUGUGAUAAAGGUUUUCAAUUUACAGCUAGAAGGGGCAUUCACGAGUUUUGAUACUGAAUGUGAAAUGCUACGCAAUAUUCGGCAUAGAAACCUUAUCAAAAUCAUCAGUUGUUGCAGCCAAAUUGAUUUCAAAGCCGUGGUACUGGACUACAUGCCUAAUGGGAGCCUAGAGAAAUGGUUGUAUGCUCAAAACUUUUCUUUGAACAUCCUGCAGAGGUUGAGUAUAAUGAUAGAUGUUGCAUCGGCAUUGGAAUACCUUCAUCAUGGUACUGAAAUACCAAUUGUCCAUUGUGAUUUGAAGCCCAACAAUAUAUUGUUAGAUGCUGAUAUGGUUGGACAUGUUGCUGACUUUGGUAUUGCAAGUCUCUUGGGUAAAGGAGAUUCCAUGACUCAAACCAUGACGCUAGCCACAAUCGGAUAUAUGGCUCCAGGUGAUAGAGAUUGUUUAUCAUCCAUAAUGAGAUUAGCUCUAAGCUGUUGUGCAGAGUCACCAGAAGGAAGGAUAAAUAUGCAAGAUGUUGUAGUCACACUUAAUAAAAUCAUGAUCAAGUUUUUGAAGGACGCUGCAGGAGGUGUGGUUUUACGCCGCCAUCUUGCUCAACAGCCCCUUUAGUUGAUGGAUUCUAA